CUUCUAUACUCACUCACAAAGAGGCACUGUAGCAGGGUGAUGCAUAUAUGAUCGGCUUUCAGCCAAAGAUCAUCUUUCAUUGAAGCUUUACGUCUUGCUUCAUCAUCCAUACAAAGGCGAUGUUGUGAUCCUUUCGAUAUUCAAUACAACAUUGCGAGUCACACAGAUACGCAUUUCAGGGCCUCAGUAUAUCGAUUCACAACAAGCUUAUACCUCGCAUUCUAUCUCUCACGACAACUAACGAUCUUACGACCACUUUGAUGCUUCAUUUGUGAAAGGAUCUCACCAAGCAACUCAGACUCCAGAAGGAUUCAAGGCUGGGCUUCUUAUAGUGGCGCAUACUGCUUAUGACUGAAGAGGAGCCAGACACUGCCUCAGACAUAGCUUCUCAUUCAUCCUUGCUCAGAGAUGAUUUAACUUCUGUAGUCCAACCUGACAAGAGAAACACUGCAAACAUGGCAGACCUUAACAAAAAUGCAGAAGAUGAAGGCAGUGUAAGCCAAAUCUCGACAAGCUCAGAUAUGAGCUCUAAUCCGACGAAGAACGUUGCUUCAUCAUCAAGAUCAUCAUCUAGGAUGGAUCCCAGUCUUUCAGUAAGUUCUCAACCGCCUCCAUCAAUACACAAGCGAAAAUUGAAAGGACCACCCAAAGGAAUUUUAAAACCAGCUCCUCCUCCUGCAAAGGCUUUCAGCUUUCGUCGCGAUGUCCUUCAACAACUAAACACUCGUCUAGCUCAGCAAGGAGUGAAUGUUCAAGUACCUGUGCCAUCAGGCAGUCUGGCCGGCACGGCACAAGGUACAGCGCAAGCGGCAAGUAGUUUGCUUGGGGGAAUGUUUAAGAAAGUGAGCAGCUUGGCAUCAGCAUCUGCAGGACUGGGUAUCGAAGAUCAUCAUGGAAGCGGAUCCGGCUUUUACGGCAAUGGAUCGGGAAGCAGAUCAGCAUCAGCAACCGUUGCUCCGACAUGGUCAUCAGAUAGAGACGCUGCACGAUUUCCAGAAUCUAAUAGAGCAAAUUCAAUGCGCUCUACUUCAUCCGAAUCGACGCUUGUGAGUGAUGGUGGGAUGAAUGGAUCUUCUUCUCAAUCUGUUCAUUCGAUCUCAAGCAACAAUCUACCUCAGCCUUCUGCUUCUAUUCGACCAUUGCGAAAGGUUCGCUUUAUCGUUUCGGACAUGACCCUUACAUAUCCUAUCUCGGGUGCAAUCGCACCGGGCGACGAAGAUGCCACAAGGAGAAGGAUAGAACAAGAGCAACGUCAAAAGCUAAAAGAGCGUAACGAGAAACGAUGGACGGUGGCAGAGCUGGAACAAUUAUACCGAGAAUGUUGUCGAACUCGUGAAGAGCUACCACUAAAGAAGAUGCGAAGCGUGUUUCAAGAUGCUCGACAGAAUUCUCCCCCUGCUCUCAAGACGAUUGAUCUUUCUUUCAUCCCGCUUGAUAGACAUGCGAUCGAACCUGUAGCAGAUCUUCUCAGCGUCGAUUUCGGUUUGCAAAAGUUGGUUUUGGAGAAUUGCGGCUUAGCAGAUGAUGGGUUGAAAUCAAUCUUGCAUGCUUUGCUUGUUUCUGGCAGUCUACCAAGUCUCUCUUUGGCAUCGAACAAGCGAAUCAAGUAUCAUGGUUGGCGAUAUGUUGGAAUCUUCAUGCGCAGGGCAAAAGCAUUGAAGUAUCUAGACCUGUCUGAAAACAAUAUCAACAAGGCCAGUCUCGAGCACAUCAUCGGAGCUUUACGGAAAGAUGAAAGUGGCAAUGGGAAGGUUGGGAAAGAACCUAGAGGAGGUAGUUCGGCGCAAUCGACAUCAAAGGAAGAUUUGGACGAUGAACAUUCACCUCUCACAAUUCAGGCCAAAUUGUUGAAUGAAGAAACGGAUGCUGUAGCGUUGUUGACCUCCCUGCGGUUGGAGAAUUGUGGACUCAAGACAUCUUCAUUGGAGCUGUUAUCGCAAUCUAUUCGCUUUUCCGAACUUUGCCAUCUAAGCUUGAGGAGGAACAGAAUCAACCAAUUCGGAGCAGUGGCACUCGCUUUGAUGCUCAAAGAUUAUCCUGAUAACCAUAUCGCGACUGCUGAAGAUGCAACAGCACCUGUGAUGAAUGACUUGGCUCAUUUGCAAGGAGGAUCAGUGAAUGCCUCUGGAAAUAGACAAAGCUCAACGUCAUCACCAAAUCUUCCUGAUAUACCUGUGAUCGUCUCAAGUCCCGGUGGUGGUGUUUUACGUAGAACGUUGCCCCCUUCAGCUGUGGCUGCAUUGCAAGAGGCUUCUUCUGAAAGUCUUGUAUCCUCGAAUGGCUCUACAUUGGUUGAUCAAAGUCACGAUAGCCAGUCAAAUGGUGAUAACCUGACAGAAGAUGAGAGAGCAAAGAUGAUCAGGACGAGAGAGGAAAGAAGGAUGAAAGAUGAGGCAGCUUUGGCACUUUAUCGUGCUCAAAGAGCUAAACGUAUACUUUCAUCCAUGCCACGUAUGGGCCACUUGCUCACGCUCGAUUUGAAAAGCAACGAUUUGCGUGGCGGAGUGAUCUAUUUGGGACAUGCAUUGAAGAAGAACCGUACUCUCAAAGUCCUCAAUUUGAGUGACAAUUCGAUCGAAGUGCAAGGUUUGGUGGCAAUUGCUGAUGCGCUAAAGUACAAUUCAACUUUGGAAACAUUGGAUAUGAGUCACAAUCCUUGUUCAGGUCCAGGACUAGAAGGAAUCACAACGCUACGAAAUGCGUUCACUCUAAAUUCAAACCUCAAGAGGUUGUUCUUGAGUGACACAGAGCUGUCAUCGGAGGGUGCUAUCGCCCUUGCCGAAUUCUUACCUGAAGCAAGGUCUUUGAUUCAUUUGGACUUGACAGAAAAUCUGCAGAUUGACAUUGCGGGCGUGAUGGCAAUGGCGGUCAGCGUCAAGAUGAAUAAGAGUUUACGUUGCUUGGAUCUCAAUAUCCCCGCCAAUGCGCCAGAUUUCGCACGUCUUUCUCAAGAUAUUCUGAACUCAUGCAUCCGUAAUACGGAAUUGGCUCAAAAGAGAGCGCAACAGAAAGGAGUCAAAGCACCAAUCGCAGCACCCAUCUACAAAUCAUCUUUGGCACGAGCAGCAAAAGAGAAAGAGGAAAGCAGCAGAUUACAAGCCGCAAAUCGACAAUUGGAACAAAUGACACACGGUAGUUCAGACAGUCUUCGAAGUUCUGGUAAUCAAGAACGUCGCGGUAGCACAGAAAUUCCAGAAAGAGAAAGCAAUACGAUCACCGAAGAAGGAGCAGUACGAAUCACCGAUGCUGCACAAGAAUGCAUUUCCGUCUUGCGUGAACUACUUGCACGAGAAAAAGAACAAGAAAAGGAAAAAGUUCGAGAUCGUGAGAUUGUACGUCGUCAAGAUGGCAGUAUCGCCUCGAGACCGAUGAGUGGAUUCGCGCAAGACUUAAUGACGCAAAGCAGAAGAUUGCGUCAUAAGCUCAAAAAUGCUCUUGGUGUGAUGGAAGAAGGAGACACACUCAUUCGUGCAUUGCAAGUCAAUGAUGAUCUCGAAACCAUUUCGAUGCAAUUGACAGAUUUCUAUAGUGGAAGAGAUGAAAAGUUGGAGGAAGCGCUUCAAAGGGAGAACAUCGCAGACGGAACACUGUCAAACACUCAGAAUACCACAUCAAAUCGUUUGACUGUCCCAACUACCAAUCCAGAAGAAGAAGGAUUAUCUUCGCCAAACUUCUCUAUCGGAUCGGAUGAUGAAGACGACGAGGAAGCAGAAGGUGCGCGCGCAAAGGCUGCCUCUGCUGCCCGCUCUCUUCUAAAGUCAUCUAGCGACGUGGCUGCGAAAGGUUUAGAAAUCGUAGAUGAAUCUUUGAAUGUUGACGUUGUGCCAACUGCAGCAAGAGAAAAACCUACGGAAGAAGAAGAUCAGGAAGUUGAUCCAGAGAGCGAGAUUGCCACGCAUCGGGCUAAAGGUCAAUUGAGUGAAGAAGGGGAAAUUUUCCGUCGUGCAAAGAGUUUAAGCAUCGGCGAGGAUGACGAAGAGGAUGAAGGAGGUGAAUUGCGAUCAAGUGAAACAGACGGAAACGAAAGAGAAAAGAGCAAACAAGAGGCUUCACCUCGACAUAGCCCAAAUACGGCAAAAUCGGCUUUUGCUCUCUUGAAAGGCCAAUUGGAUGUUAACAGUGGCUCACAUACCGAUUUGGAAGAUAACAAGAGUGAAAGUGCCAUCUCUAUCACAUCGGAAGAUCGCAAGGAUGUUUCUGGAGAAGAAUUACGUAAAGAACUUCUAGGUGCAAAAGUACCGAGAAGAUCAUCAAGUGCUAGUGCUUCAAGUGAAACAUCCGAAAGUGUUCCAAGGGACACAUAGACUUCUUGCCAGCUUCUCUUUGUUUUUCUUCUUUUGUCAUUGUUUUCAAGUCUCAUGUUUACGUAUUUGUUAGGAUCACCUAUGUCAUUUCGAGUUCUUAUUUCAUUGUUUUGUACAAUCAAUCAAAUUUUCAUUUAUAGUAUCAAAGAUGGAAUGAUCAAUUCAGCUUUCAGCAUCACAUAGCAAGAGCAGAGUACAGUAGACAGCGUCAACGCACAUAUACAACAUAGAAUUAUUCCGAAAAGAGAUUCAAUAUGUAUUCAAAGCUCAAAUGCAAAAUGCACAGA